GAAAGCGGUAUAAGUAAAAGGGUGAGGACAAGCAUUGAGGUCUUCUCUGCUGAUGGCAACAAUUUUGACGAUGGGCUCGAUGUUUUGUUGUCCGGUGUUGGUGAAGACCUAUUGUCGGAGAUCCUUGUUAGACUCCCGAAUUGUCGAUCUGCCAUUCAGUUGAGCUCUGUUUGUCGGCGUUGGCAUUCAUUGAUCUCUCAACCCCAAUUCAUCCCUAGCUUCAUACGCCUCCAUCAAGAUCGAGAUCAAUCCUACACCAUUCUUUUCCGCAUGAAUUAUCGUUUUUGGGAAGAGACCUCGGGCUAUUAUCAAUUGGUUUGCACUCUUUUCUCGGAGGAAUCUUUGCUUAUCCACGAAAAGCACGCAUUAUUAUCAUCGUCUAACUAUCUCGGCUUCAUGCCUCAACUCAUGGUCGUAAGAGCAUCGUUCAAUGACUUGUUGCUCGUGUCCCCCGACACCCGCUUUUACUGCGGCCGUCAGAGGUACUACAUUUGUAACCCGGUGACUAAAAAGUGGUUUCUCAUCCCUAGAGAAACCCCUCGUCGAACAAGGACAGGGUUUGCGUUAAUAUGCAAUAAGAACUCUUACGAGGUGGUACUUUUAGACACGAUUAGUUUGCUUGAUGCAGAAGUCGACAGAUAUGAACAAACAGUGUGGGUGUUUUGCUCCGAGUCGGGGCAAUGGACCAGUUAUUUCUUGUUGGUGCCUAGGCGCCCAACAAAGGACUAUCCCCUUAGCGCCAAUGUCGUUUCGUGCAAUGGGAUUCUGUAUUGGAUGGACGGUUUAUAUAACCUCGACCGCAUUGUUGCUUUGGAUUUGGUCAAUAGUCGGUGUGUCGUCAUCUACUUCCCGGACAUUGUGCGUGACAACACCACCGCUGACACGCCUGACUCGAGGGUCCACAUUGGUGCCGUGAGGGAUGAGUUGAGGUUGUUGCACGUUUUGAGAACUCAAAAUGGGCCGGGCCCGAAAUGCUUUGUCGUGAGGGUUUGGGAAUUGGAUCCUUGGAAUGGCUCGUGGGCUUUGGUUGGGGAGAGGGAGUUGAAGUUUUCGGAUGCCGUUAGUGCUGAUGGUGAGCGGGAUACUGUGGUGGCGGCCGUCUUUCAUCCGAAAGAUUGUGACUCGAUUUUUGUCAUGUGCGGAAAGAGUGUUUACGAGUGUGGGGUUUCCAAGGACACGUGUCGCAAGCUCGGUGAGCUUCGGGAAUCCGUAGGCGACGAGGGUCUCGCGUCCUUUGUUCUCAUGCAUCCACCUUGGCCCACGCCAAUUCCAUUUGGGGUUUAG